AUGUCUAAUUCGGAACAAAAUAGUUCGAACGGCGUGGGGUCUGACCCUUUACAGAGACUUGCAUCUUUAAAAGCACCGCGUGAUCUUUCACUUGGAGGAAUAAAGCCAAAUAAAAAAGUCUUUGUUCCCAAUUUGAAUGUCACAAGAAAUAAAAACAACCGGCCAUCAUCAGCAAACCAAAUCCGUGACAGUAAAAAUGAUGACAAAGGCAGAAAACAAAACAAACAUGUCAAUAAUAAAUCUAAACAUGGGCCACGUAUAAUUAAAUCCACUGGAGUUUUUUCUGAAGGUUUGGGUAAUGUGGAGAGACAUUACACCCGUAGUUCUUAUUCACGCGAUGCGGAGCCAAAACCUACCCUUCAGAAACCCACCAUUAGAGUUAAGGAUGUUAUCAAAAUUGAUAAAGAGUUAGAGGAGCAGAAGAUUAAAUCCGCUUUCGGCGAUAGCGGCGUCGGCGAAGAGGAAAGCGAAGACUUCAAACGGAUGUUCGCGACUGAUGCACCUGUGAAACUGCCCAUGGAUGAUGGCGUAUGGCUCAACAGCCAAUCCAAGACUACAGUGAAGAUCAAGCAGGAGGUGGUUGUAAAGGAAGAGCCCACUGACUAUGCUGAUUGCCCGAUGCCAGAUGUUGAGGAGAAACCACUCCCAGGAGAGUUUGAAGACACUAAUGUGUUGAAUCUGCUGAAAAGCGACAAACCAACUCUCAUACUGCUUCAGCUGCCGGACUCUUUGCCUGGCCGAGGAGGGGGGGGAGCUCGAGAUGACGAACCCGUACGAAGAAAGCACACCUCCAACGAACCACCCGCCGAGGACGCACCUGCUGAGCCAGUGGACAACAAAUGCCGACUUUCCGAUCUGGAGGAGGGGCGCAUAGGAAAGCUACAGGUUAGACGAUCGGGACGAGUCACUCUCACGCUGGGCGACACAGUGUUUGAGGUGUGCCCUGGAACGAAGGCCGCCUUCCACCAAGAGGCGGUGUCAGUGGGUGUGGACCACAGCUCGAAAUCAGCUCGCCUCGUCGCCCUGGGCGGGCUCCAGCACAAGCUGAAUGCAGUCCCCCAUUGGCAGUCUCUCUUCACUCACAUGGCACUC